AUGAAGGAUCAACAAUUCCCUAAGUUCUUAGAGAUUUUCAAGAAAUUGGAGAUCAACAUUCCACUAGCUGAAGGCUUAGAACAAAUGACACUCUAUGCAAAGUUUUUCAAGGACCUCAUCAACAAGAAAAGGAGCUGGAAAGAGAAGGAAAAUGUGGUCCUCACCCAGGAAUAUAGUGUUGUGAUCCAGAAGGGUUUGCCAUCCAAACUCAAAGAUCCAGGAAGCUUUUUCAUACCAUGCACCAUUGGGAACAUACCAAUUGACAAAGCAUUAUGUGACUCGGGAACAAGCAUCAAUUUCAUGCCACUUUCUAUAAUGAAGAAGCUGUCAUUAGAGGAGGUUAAUCCCACCAGAAUGUCAUUACAACUAGCUGACAGAUCCCUCAUAAUACCCGAUGGAGUGCUGGAGAACCUUCUAGUUAAGGUUGGAAAAUUCAUCUUCCCUGCGAAUUUUGUGAUUCUGGACAUAGAUGAGGAAUGA